CAUAGAAUUUGUCAUUCGGCGACAAUUUCUAAGCACCCAAAGACGUUUAUAUACGUCCCGGCGCUCAACAACAGUAACAGUAACAGUUACAGUAAACAACAGUACACAGAGCCUUUUUAAGAAUUCAGUUCUGAGGAAGCAGUCCUUGCCGGAACCUCAGUAGUAAAGUGCGCGCAUUUUCAAGUGAAAUUCUCAAUUUUCAAAUCUCAAAAGUCAUUCAGUCAAUCACAGUCAAUAUGCCUUUCGCAAGUGAACAAAUGCAAUCGGUGGCCAGCCAGCAAUUGUCCAAAUCGGACACGAUUAAGCUGCGCAACAAGCACAUUGGACAAGCCUGCCAACUCUUCUAUCGAUCUGAUCCAUUGAAAAUAGUUCGCGGACAGGGUCAGUACAUGUUUGAUGAGGAGGGCACGCGUUAUCUGGACUGCAUCAAUAAUGUGGCACAUGUGGGUCAUUGCCAUCCUGAAGUGGUGCGCGCUGGAGCCCUCCAGAUGGCCACCAUCUCGACAAACAAUCGCUUCCUGCACGAUGAGCUGGUGCAGUGCGCCAAGACCUUGACCAGCAAGAUGCCAUCGCCGCUCUCCGUUUGCUUCUUUGUCAACUCCGGCUCGGAGGCCAACGAUUUGGCGCUGCGUCUGGCACGCAACUACACCAAGCGUCAGGAUGUGAUCACACUCGACCAUGCCUACCACGGUCACUUGCAGUCCGUAAUGGAGAUCUCGCCGUAUAAAUUCAAUCAGCCCGGCGGCGAGAAGAAACCGGACUAUGUGCAUGUGGCUCCCUGUCCCGACAUCUAUGGCGGCCAGUACACGGACAAGGAGUUCCCCAACGCCGAUCUUGGACUGCUCUACGCACAGCCCAUUGCGGACAUUUGCGAGCGCCAGAUGGCAAAGGGUGAGGGCGUUGCAGCCUUCAUUGCCGAGAGCCUGCAGAGCUGUGGCGGACAAAUAUUGCCGCCCGCCGGCUACUUCCAGCGUGUGUACGACGCCGUGCAUCAGGCUGGAGGCGUGUGCAUCGCCGACGAGGUGCAGGUGGGCUUUGGCCGUGUGGGCAGCCACUAUUGGGCAUUUGAGACACAGAACGUGGUGCCCGACAUUGUGUGCGUGGCCAAGCCGAUGGGCAACGGUCAUCCGGUGGGCGCUGUGGUGACCACGCCAGAGAUUGCGCAGGCAUUCCAUGCCACGGGCGUGGCCUAUUUCAAUACGUACGGCGGCAAUCCGGUGUCGUGCGCCAUUGCCAAUGCGGUGAUGCGGAUCAUCGAUGAGGAGGGACUGCAGCAGAAUGCCCAUCAGCUGGGCGAUUAUCUGCUGCGCGAGUGCAGCCAGCUGAAGCAGGAGUUCGAUUGCGUUGGCGAUGUGCGUGGCCUCGGCUUGUUUGUGGGCAUUGAGUUGGUCACCGAUCGCGAUGCACGCAUUCCGGACACUAAGGGCGCCCAUUGGGUCGUCAAUCGCAUGAAGCAACUGCACAAGGUGCUCGUCUCCAGCGAUGGGCCCAACGACAAUGUGAUCAAGCUAAAGCCACCCAUGUGCUUCAAUCUGGAGAACGCCGAUGAGUUCCUGCUUGCGUUCCGCGAAUGCCUCACCACGCUCACCCAGGAGCAGUUGCAGCAGGCUCGUGUUGCCGAUGCCGCAGCCACAGCUGCUCUCACCACAAACGGUGUCAUUGCCACUGCGGCUGAUACGCUGGCGAACAAGACGAAAAUGUUUGAGCGACAGGAUCGUCUCAUCAAGUCCGUUUGAGUGUGACUUACUCCCGCGGCAUCUGCAUCUGCAUCAACAUCAACAUCCACAUCUCCCCUCACGCUUCACCUGUCCUAGAGCUGGCUGGCGACGGCGACAAAUUCACAAAAGAUAUUUAUGUUU